AUGGCUGUUCAGCUACUGGCCCAAGCCGAGGGCUACGGCAUCAUCAUCGGUCUCUCUGUCUUGUUCUGCUUGAUCAUCGUCGGCGCUGUGCAGAUCCAGAAGCGGUAUCUCUCGGAAGACAGUGACGAGUCUGAGAUGUUCAUGGUCGCCAAUCGAUCUGUGGGUACAGGGCUGACAGCAUCAGCGGUAUUCUCAAGUUGGAUGUGGAUCAACGAAAGCGUCUUCGCAGCAGCAUAUACAUACAAGUGGGGCAUCGCACUACCCAUCUGGUGGGCAAGUGGCCUCUCCUUCCAAAUCGCUCUCAUGGCUGUGCUCGGAAUUGUUUCAAAGCUGCGAGUCCCGUAUGCGCACACCUCGCUCGAGAUCAUGAAGAUUCGUUACGGCAAAUACGUGCACUGGCUGUUCAUCUUGUUGAACUUGAUCAACAACAUCUUCGGCUGCGGCAGUAUGAUAUUGGCGGGUGCACAGCUUGUGACAGGAAUGACAGGCAUGCAUGUCGUCGCUGCAUGUAUUCUGAUUCCCGCUGGAGUCGUCAUCUAUACAGUAAUGGGUGGUUUGAAAGCUACGUUCUUGACCGAUUUUCUCCACACCGUUGUGGCGCUCAUCCUCUUGAUCUACUUCUCACUCGCAGUUUUGACGAACAAGCAUAUUGGUGGCGUCUCGGGACUCUAUGAAAAAGUUAAAGCGACAAACGACUACAUCCCGGGCAACUACGAGGGCUCUCUCCUGACGCUGAAGUCCAAGAGCUCUGUUCUGUUUGGUCUAGUCCUCAAAUUCGGUAACCUCGCGCUCGUACUCAUGGAUACCGCGUUCUGGCAGAAGUCGUUUGCUUCAGACGUCAAGUCCACUGUGCCAAGCUAUAUGCUGGUGUCAAUCGUCAUUCUGGCAGUCCCAUGGUGCACAGGCACCAUCAUCGGCCUUAGUGCUCGUGCCAUCGAACACACUCCGAUUUGGUUCGAUUAUCCCAACACGCUUACCCUAACUCAGGUCAACUCCGGAAUGGUCAUGCCUUAUGUUUUGCGCUCUCUGCUGGGCCAUGGCGCCACCACUGGCCUCCUUGUCCUGGUCUUCAUGGCCAUUACCAGCACUGUGUCUUCCUCCGUGAUCGCAGUCAGCAGUAUUAUCUCUCUCGACUUUUUCCGCACGUACAUCAACCCCAAGGCGUCCGACCGCAAGACUCUUUCGGUCAGCCACUGGGGCGUCGUAGUCCACGGAUGCUUUAUGGCCGGCUUCGCGAUCAUGCUGGAAUAUGCUGGCGCCACAAACAACUGGUCAACAUACUUCCGACCAAUCAUCGCCUGUCCAGGCAUCAUACCGCUCAUACUUACGCUCCUAUGGUCUCGUCAAACACGACUCGCUGCCCUCCUUGCUCCAGUCCUGGGCCUCGCGUCAGGAGUCGCAACAUGGCUGAGUCUGUCCUGGUACUGGGGUGGCGCGAUCAACAUCAACACGACGCAAAUUCAACUUCCAGGACUGUAUGGCGCCUGUGUUUCAUUUUUCUCCCCUGCGCUAUACUCAGUUGUCAUCUCUCUCAUCAAGCCAAGCAAAUUCGACUGGCGCGAGUUUCUCCGCAUCGAUCUUAUCGAGGACAAGACAAGGUCCGGGGAAAGCUCGCCGCCAGAGAGCCUUGCUGGGAAUGAGAUUGUGGAUGAACCAAAGGGCACUGCUAUCGACCACGGCCGUGAGAAGGGCAAACACCGUACGCCAAUCCAUCACGUCUCGAACGCACAGACGCCGCUUGAGGAGGUGGUGCAUCCGUUCGACGAAGAGACACUCAGACAUGUGAGGAGGUGGCUCAAGAUCGCGAGUGUAUACUUUGUCAUCAAUGUGCUGACCACAAUCGUGCUGUGGCCGAUGCCAUUAUACCGAAACUACAUCUUUACGAGGACGUUCUUCGAUGGAUGGGUCACGGUGGCGAUCAUCUGGCACUUUGCGGCUAUGUUUGCGGUUAUUGUGUAUCCGGUUUGGGAUGGCAGGCAUGCAAUUCUCAAGGCAGUAAAGGGGAUGAAGGCGGAGUUUGUAAGACGCUGA